CUGCCGUUUUACAACUUUUGGACGUGUUUCUCAACCGCCAAAACUUACUAUUGGCUUGACAAACACGACAUCAGGCAGGCUCCAAACAGACGUGUGCUUCGCAUUAUGCAGAAGGAGAACGAAAAACUUCGUAAUCUUGCCCGGAAAGCUCGAAACGAUGAGAUUAGGGCUUUGGCAAAAUUCGUCCGCAAGAGAGAUAAGCGCGUGAUAGCUCACCGAAAGGCAGUUGAACUUAAACGAACAGAACAGCUAAAGAAAAUCGAGGAACAUCAGUUAAGGCAGCGUUUGAAGAAUCUGAAGUACGUCAAAAAAUAUUUUGCUCUUGUCGGUCUUGCUCAUCUUUCGAAUGAAGUUAGUGACGGGAUUAAAUCAGGUAUUUUGCAUUGUUUGAUUUGCCGGAAGAUUUUCAAGAACGUUGGCAGUUUCAAAUCUCAUAUCAAAUCAAAGAAGCACAACAGUCUUCUGUCGUCUCUUCGUUCAACUCUGCCUGAAGAAGAACUAGCUUUUUUGGAAGACGAGCUGCAAGAUUCCCUUCAGACCGCUCUUGUCAUGCCGUCUUCUGUCGCUGAUGUAGUCGUAAGCGCUGAAGAGACAUCCGUAAUGGAUGAUGAUCUGGCAGUCUCAACGACUGCACCUGGCAGUGACAGCUUAGAUGACACCAGUGCUUCUGUGAAACGUUCGAAGCCUCGACACAAGAACAGCGAACGAAGCCGUGGCAGCACAUCGCCGACUCCCAACAAGACUUCGCUUCAGUGUGAGACCUGCAAGGAAAUCUUUCCUUCAAGGAAUAGACUUUUCCUUCAUAUUAACAGCAGUAAUCACGCAACGAUCAGAAAUCAGCAGUUGCCGAAAGCAAGAGAAAAAUCAGGGACAAAAAAUAUUACGUGUUCCACGCUUUUUUAA